ACAAAUAUUAAAGUGAGUUUAUCAGGUCAUUUCUCAACAGCUGACUCAAACACUGAUAUGGCUGCUGUCAGCAAUCUGCUAUCUGAGGAUCAGUUUCGGUGCUCCAUCUGUCUGGAUGUCUUCACUGAUCCUGUCAGCACACCAUGUGGACACAACUUCUGCAAGAACUGCAUCACUCGACACUGGAACACUGCUGACAGGUGUCAGUGUCCUUUGUGUAAAGAGACUUUUACCACAAGACCUGAUUUAAGGGUCAACACUUUAUUCUCAGAGAUGGUCGCUCAGUUCAGACAGUCAGUUCAACAGAAAUCCAGCAGCAGCAGCUCAAAGCAACAAGUGUCCAAACCAGGAAAAGUUCCCUGUGACGUCUGCACUGGAACCAAACUGAAGGCCCUGAAGUCCUGCCUGGUGUGUCUGACCUCCUACUGUGAGACUCACCUGGAGCCUCAUCUGACAAUGCCAGGACUAAAGAGACAUCAGCUGAUCGACCCUGUGGAGAACCUGGAAUAUAGGAUAUGUACGAAGCACGAUAAACCUCUGGAGCUGUUCUGUAAGACCGACCAGACAUGUGUCUGCACACUCUGUCCUGUUUCAGACCACAAGAUGCACGAUGUUGUUCCUCUGAGAGAAGAAUAUGAAGGAAAGAAGGUCAAGCUAGAAGCUGAAAUUCAGCAAAUGAUCCAGGAGAGACGACUGAAGAUUCAGGAGAUCGAACAGUCAGUCAACCUCAGUGUGAAAGAUGCAAAAAAAGAGAUCGCAGAAGGUGUUCAGGUCUUCAUGGCUCUGAAGGAGUCUGUUGAGAGAAGCUUGGAUGAGUUCAUCAAAACAAUAGAAAAGAAGCAGAAAACAACACAGAAACAGGCUGAAGUUUUCAUCAAAGAGCUGGAACAGGAAAUCUCUGAGCUGAAGAAGAGAAGCUCUGAGGUGGAGCAGCUCUCACGCUCUGAAGACCACCUCCAUCUACUCCAGAGUGUCCAGUCCCUUAAAGCUGCUCCACCCACCAAGGACUGGACACAGGUCAGAGUCCGUCCAUCAUAUAAGGGGACUGUGGUGAGAGCUGUCUCUCAGCUGGUGGACACACUCAGGAAAGAGAUGAAGAAGCCACUUGAUACUGAACUGAAGAGGGUCCAGCAGUAUGCAGUGGAUGUGACUCUUGAUCCUGAUACAGCACAUCCUGCUCUCAUCCUGUCUGAUGAUGGGAAACAAGUGGAGCAUGGUGAUGGUUGGAAGAAUCUUUCAGACAACCCAGAAAGAUUUUCUGUUUGUGCUUAUGUUUUAGGAAAACAGAAUUUCUGUUCAGGCAGAUUUUACUUUGAGGUUCAAGUCAAAGGGAAGCCCACAUGGUCAUUAGGAGUGGUCAGAGAGUCGAUCAACAGGAAGAGAGAAAUCACACUGAGCCCUCAGAAUGGUGGCUGGACUAUUUUCUUUCAUGAAAAUGAGUACGUAGCUCUUGAUGCUCCUCCAGUCAGUCUCUCUCUGAAGUCUCGGCCUCAGAAGGUGGGGGUGUUUGUGGAUUAUGAGGAGGGUCUGGUCUCCUUUUAUGACAAAGAUGCUGCAGCUCUUAUCUACUCCUUUACUGGCUGCUCCUUCACUGAGAAACUCUUCCCAUUCUUCAAUCCCUGUAGGCUUAAUUUUGGUAAAAACACUGCACCCUUAGUCAUCUUAACUUUCAAUAAAACUGAUUUGGAGGACCACGAGACACAGUCAAGCCAGUCCAGCACAGGGGCUGUGGUUGGUAAAGGUGGUCUUUCCUCUGAAAUCUGA